CGAGGUGCUCUCCUGGCCACGUGACCGGUGCCAACAUGGCGGCGCCCAUCGGCGUCCACCUGUUCGUCCGUGGAGGUUGUCAGAGAAUUUUGUCUUCUCCACUCAAUCAUCUCUGCUUAUACAAGCGGUCAGGCAAUCAACAAAGAAGAAAUUUCUUUUUCUGGAGACAAAGGGAUCUCUCCCACAAUAUAGUUUUGCCGGCUGCAGUUUCUCCCGCACAUCCUGUCCCCAAGCACAUAAAGAAGCCAGACUAUGUGACGACAGGCGUUGUGCCCGACUGGGGCGACAUCAUAGAACUUAAGACUGAAGAUCAGAUCCGAGGGCUCCGCGAGGCUUGUCAGCUGGCCCGGCACAUCCUCCUCCUGGCUGGGAAGAGCUUGAAGGUUGACAUGACAACAGAAGAGAUUGAUGCUCUAGUUCAUCGGGAAAUCAUCAGUCACGAUGCCUAUCCCUCACCUCUGGGCUAUGGACGCUUUCCAAAAUCUGUUUGCACCUCUGUGAACAACGUGCUCUGCCAUGGCAUUCCUGACAGCCGACCUCUUCAGGAUGGGGAUAUUAUCAACAUUGAUGUCACGGUCUAUUACAAUGGCUACCAUGGAGACACCUCUGAGACCUUUCUGGUGGGCAAUGUGGAUGAAUGUGGUAAAAAGUUAGUAGAGGUGGCCAGGAGGUGUAGAGAUGAAGCAAUUGCAGCUUGCAGAGCUGGGGCCCCCUUCUCUGUAAUUGGAAACACAAUCAGCCGCAUAACUCAUCAGCAUGGGCUGCAAGUCUGUCCACAUUUUGUGGGACAUGGGAUAGGAUCAUACUUUCAUGGACAUCCAGAAAUUUGGCAUCAUGCAAAUGACAAUGACCUGCCCAUGGAGGAGGGCAUGGCUUUCACCAUAGAGCCAAUCAUCACUGAGGGGUCCCCAGAAUUUAAAGUCAUGGAGGAUGAGUGGACUGUGGUCUCACUAGACAACCAAAGGUCCGCACAGUUCGAGCACACAGUCCUCAUCACAGCAAGAGGCGUGGAGAUCCUGACCAAACUACCCCAGGAAGCCUAAGACUCUACCAGCAAGGCCACUGAGGCCCGGUGCCUGUCUUCUCAAGGAGCCAGCCACAGGCCACAUAGGAGUCUGCAGUGUCUCAGAGAAAAGUACAGUGUGGACAGGACUUUGAGGACUUAGGUCUGCUGCCUGCAAAGGCCUCUGGAGAACCACCUUCCCGGGCAGGUGGUUUGCCCUGUCCCUGAUUCUAAUUCUGAUUUCGCCCAUUCUAUCCAAGUUUUAAAAAACAAAAAAACCUCUUAA